UCUUACCUUGGAUCCAUUAGUAUAUAAAGUGUGGAACUUGGGAAGAACACCAUAUAGUCAGUGUACGAAAGAAGGAAAAGAACAGAGAUAUAGAAAGCCAUAGCUAUGGGAAGUAGAGGAAACUCUGUUCUUGCUAUGGUUUUUCUUCUUUUGUUUGCCGGGAAUGUGGAGGUCAUUGGCCAGAGCAGUGGAUUGCGAGUGGGAUUCUACUCGAGAUCGUGCCGCAAUGUAGAACCCAUUGUUAGAGGCGUGGUGCAGAGGUUUCUCGGUAGGGAUAGGACGGUCACGGCGGCACUGCUGCGGCUCUUCUUCCACGAUUGCUUCGUCCGAGGAUGCGAUGCUUCUUUGUUGCUCAACUCCACGAGAACCAACCGAUCCGAGAAGGAGCACGGAGCAAACGGGAGCGUCCGGGGGUAUGAUCUUAUCGACGCCGCCAAGGCCGAGGUGGAGAGGCAAUGCCGGGGGGUUGUCUCGUGUGCCGAUAUCGUGGCAUUGGCGACGAGAGAUUCGAUCGCCCUGGCUGGAGGUCCAGACUACCCCGUUCCAACCGGGCGGAGGGACGGGAGAAUCUCCAUCGUGAACGACGCAAACGUCUUGCCGGAUCCAAACAGCAAUGCCAACGGUGCCAUCCAAGCCUUCGCAAACAAGGGCCUCACUCCGCAAGACCUUGUUCUCCUCCUGGGCGCUCACACUGUCGGAAUCACGCACUGCGGCUUCUUUCGCCACCGCCUCUUCAACUUCCGCGGCACCGGGCGAGCGGACCCGAGCAUGGAUCCGGCGCUGGUGAGGCAGCUCCAGCGCGCUUGCACCUCAGACUCGGUGGAAGUUUUCCUCGACCAAGGAACUCCAUUCCGUGUAGACAAGGUCUUCUUCGAUCAGCUCGUCUCCAACCGGGCGAUCCUCAUCAUCGACCAGCAGCUCCGGGUGGAGCAAAGAACAGACGACAUCGUCCGCGCGCUUGCAAACGGCACUCUCAACUUCAACGCCGCGUUCGCGCAGUCCAUGACCAAUAUGGGCAACUUGGAUGUGCUCACGGGCACGCGCGGCGAGAUUCGAAGAGUCUGCAGCGCUGUGAACUAAAGAACCCAAGAUUGUUUCCUCGAUGAUCGAGGCAGGAAAAAUUCCAUCUUUGUGUGCAUUGCAUUGUCGAAGGCAAGUUGAUCGUUGUACGUAAAGUUCAUAUAUAUAAAAACGAGAUCUUUGCAACAAA